CUACCAGUCACCAAAUCUUUCUGAAAACUCGCUCUAUGCAAGCAGAAGAGGGCCUAAUGCAGCAUCCUGAAAAUAUUCAUGACAGAAGAAAUGAUUGAAGGAGCGCCUAGUUCAGGUGAAGAGCCAGCUUUAAUUGAGAAACCAAACUUGGCACUUCCCCUACAAGAGGUCUCCCAGGAGUUGGAGGCCGACUCUGAAAGGAUGAGAAAUGAAGUUCAAGACGACGCUAUCGAUGCUGUAAGUAUAAAGACGACAACAGAUCAGAUCUUCAACCCACCGACGGAGCCACAAAUCGAUUUGGAGGAACGGAAGCUUGGACUGAGCAUUGUCCGAAACCUUGGCUGGUCUGGUUCCAAUUAUGACGAUUAUGACGUUAUCACGGUUCAUGGUAUACGCGACGAUUAUACGACUGCCUGGAUAGACAGAGAAGGCUCAUGGUGGAUAAAAAACAAACUAUUCCAUGAUCUGUCGGCUAGGCAAAUUGAUUAUUCAUAUGAGAUUCAUGAAGAUUCAGACUUGUACGAAACUGAUGGUCUGCGAUUGCAUGCCCAACGGCUUAUUACUGCAUACGCGAAGGUUCGUAGGGAGCUCGAAGAUACUGAGAGGGACCGCCCGAUAAUCUGGGUCUGCCACGAUCUUGGCGGUACAAUCGUGAAAGAAGCUCUUUCCAUGGCGUUGGCCCGUCCCGACAGGUUUGGAAGGAUAGCAAUGUUAACUACAGCUAUUGUGUUCCUUGGCUCUCCUCAUCAAUUCCAUUCCUUUGAGGACCUUGAGGACCAACUCCUUGCACUUAUCCUGCUUCAAGGCCCUGCUAUCAGGGCCCAGUUACUUAAAAAGGUCAAGAUGCUUGCUGGUCAGGUAGAGAGAGCUAAUCAAACAUUUCUAAACACCAAAUUAUUCUCUCGGGUUACGAUUUUCAACAUCUUCGCUCAAAAUAUCCACGACGCCAGGAACCAACGAUCAUUUAAGGACGAAGUGACCCACACAAGAAGCAUGAAGAAUAAUCUAGAGGUUCUAGACAUGCCUGCCCCGGCUACUCCUUUCUCGCGCUUCGGGCACGGGAUUGGACACCCAUUCGAAUCAGUGGGCAGAUAUGGUCUAAAUAAUAUAGAUCAUCUACAUCUAGUCAGGGGAGACGGGCCAGACGAAACCUGGGUUACACCAAUCCUCAAUAUGUUCAACGUAGAUGACUCCCCCAUCAAACUCAAUCAUCAGAUUCUUCCGCUACAAGCAUGUUUCCUAUCGCUUGCUCCUCCGACACGGCAAUUCGAUAUAUCAUAUGAUCCAAUGAUGCCUCAAAAUGCAACAGUAUGUUGGAUCAUGGAACAAAAGUUAUUUGCAGAGCUCAACAAGACAUACAGCCGCCCUGAAAUCAUCCAUUUGCAUGGAGAUGGGAGCCAUCGUAUUGACAUUCGUGAAAUUUCUCGACGCCUUUACACUAAUUAUGAUAACUCGCGAGUCAUCGCUAAUGAUGGGUCUCGAACGCUUGUUAGAAGUGUCAUUUAUUUUGAGUUCGAUCGAUGGGAUUCGAGAUACAACAACAUUUCGUCUAUGCUGUUAUAUUUUAUAAACGUUAUGUCCUGGCGCCUCUGGCCACUCAACCUUUGGUUCGAAUACCUGGAAACCCCCGUAAGAGACACCAAAUACUGGUCAUUGGAGACCAUCUGGCAUUUUUAUAUUGUUCAUUUUCUUGGCAACAGUGUCUCAAAGCUCACGUUCUUCAUUGGUUGCUUUGACCAGUGCCCCGAAGAAGAGCGCAAGUGGUUUUUACAGCGCAUCUUGCUCUUUCAAAGUUAUACUGAACAGAGCCCUAGUUUCAUCCUAUCUACCUCUAGUAGAGAUGGUUUAGGGAUCGAAUCGUUACCCGAAGAUAGGCGCAUUAAUCUGCAGGAAUGCCCAGCAGCCAAUCAUCCAACCAUCAAAACAACGUUGACUGAUGAACUUCGAUCUGAUCUAUUUGAUCUAAUAUCGAGACGUCCCAUUUAUGAAAUGGCCCAGUUACAACUAGAGGCACUACUUGAACAGUGCAGCGAUAUGCCAUAUCUUGGGUUCAUCAUCCUAAGAUGGCUGAGCAAUUACCGUCGUGGAGCUUCAAAGUCUGAGAUUGCUCAGCUUAUAAAGCAGCUCUCGCCUGUCACUGUGGAAAAUACAGUGAGGGUCUUUGUUUCCUCGUUGAGAAAUGAAGAUCAGUCAAUGAUGAAAAAUAUAUAUAACUGGAUCAAAUACGCAGCGGAACCGUGGACUGCAGAGUCAUUAAGCGAGGCGCUUACCGUCCAUCAGCAACUGUCUGAAGAAAUAGCUGUCGAAAAAGAGCCAUAUAUUGAUGAUGUUCAUCCUAGUGAUCUUGCUCUCAGCAUUGAACAGGCAUUUGGUGGAAUUAUCGUCAUCUUGAACCGCGAUAUCAAGUUUAGCCACUCGUCAUUCUACAAUGUUUGCAUUGACGGAACGACACAAAAAGACGAUGAAGAGAGAGACAGAGUAAAUGGCGAGAUUACCACAGCUUGUUUACGAUAUUUUCAGCUUAAAGGCACACAGGAGAAGUUAUUGCUCUUCCCUGAAAUCCUCGACGGUGGUCCAUGGACCUCCUUGCUUGAUGCAACCGCCAUUGCUCACCAGCGAGACAGCAUGGCUGAAUAUGCGGUGCGGUUUUGGCCCCAGCAUUAUAAUUCCAGUGGCAAAUUUAAGCCCAGAAAUUUAGUACAUGACCUGUUUUCCGUUCGCGCAACUCGAGCCGCCUGGGAGGUGCCUUUCUUUUUCUUCUCCAAUCCACUCACCCGGAUCAACAGAAGCUACGUGUCUUCGCUGCCAAUGUUCGCCAGGCUAGGUUUCGAAGAUCUGAUUGAUGAGUAUUUGGAGUCCAACAGAAACGAGCACGGGUUCUUCGAGGACUGCUGGUAUGCCGUCACAGAGGCAUCAAGAGUGGGAAAUAAAGCUAUCGUUCAGCGAUUGCUUGACCAGCUUCCUGUGAAUGAAAGCGAGCUCAAAAACUCCUUAUUUUGGGCUGCAGCUUAUGGGAGAGAUGGCGUGGCAGACAUUCUCCUUGAGCAUAUACCAAAUCUCAGUACCUUCCAGUGGCCAGAACAUAUCUCGUAUCAAGCUGCUGCAGCUGGACUAGACAACAUUCUCGCAGCUCUCAUACAAGCCGGCUAUAACAUGAACGAGCUAGGUCCUUUGUGGAGUUCACCCCCCAUAGUAGCGGCGGCAUGGUGGAAUCAAACAUCCACUGUGGAGUUUCUGGUAAAUUCUGAUGCCAAAAUUGACCUCUCAAUAUGCGCUGAUGACGGCGACGAUGCGUUAUUGAUUGCCUCACAGGUGGGGGAGCCGCACAUGGUCGACAUCCUUCUUCGAGCAGGUGCGAACAUUCACUACAAAAACAAAAGAGGCGUCGGACCUGUCUACAAAGCCAUUAAUCAGGGCAAGUAUAAGACGCUGAAGCGCCUUCUGGCGGCCAAUGCGGACUUUGAGAGCGACGAGGAGGGUGAUGCAGAGACUAUAUACGUACGGCUGCCCUUGCUUUCGGCAGUGGAUUUUGGCUACCUAGAAUGCACUCGUUUGCUGCUGGAUGCAAGCGUUGCCCGUCAAAAUGCUCAAACUAGCACAGUCCCAGAAGAUGUGUCUCUCAGUAUUAGUUCGAGCAGCCACACACACAUUACGUGCAUGCUGCUUGAGAAUGGUCCAAUUCCGCCAAACAACGCUCUAAGCGCUAAGCAGCUCCUUCUUGAAGCCAUUGAAUCGGACAAUGUCCACCUUGUUCCGCUGCUGAUAGAACAUGGUGCGUCUGUCAAUGCCUUUGAAACGCCUUUAACAAUGGCGGCUAAGAAAGGCAGCGUUGAAACCGUGAGCUUGCUCCUAGAGAAAGGGGCCAACAUCAAUGAGAUAAAAAAAGACGGGUCCAUGGAGUCACCUUUAUUUCAAGCCAUCUAUGCAGGCAACGUAGACGUUGCAACGUUAUUGUUGAAACGAGAUGUCGAUCUAGAUUGGAAGACAAAUUUAGGGUGGAGUAUUCUCAAUGGCGCUUACGAUACUCCAGAGGUGAUUCCUGAGCUACUUCACAGAGGCCUUGAUCGUGAUCAUCAGUGUAUAUAUGGAAGCACUCUUCAUAUGGCUGCACGAUGGGGCCUCUCAAAGACGAUGAAAGUCUUGCUGGAAUCGGAUCCUAAGCCUAGCCUGGACCUCGUAUACGGGGCCGCUGAUAUCUUUUCGGAGAAAGCGGAUUCAGGAUACAUCAUUCGAGAUGAGCUUGGUCUAACCGCUUUAUUAAUUGCCUGCCAGAAUUAUGAGCCCGAGUGUGUGGAGCUCUUGUUGAAGGCCGGUGCGGAUCCUUACUUCCGUGGUAAAGAUGAUAUCGAGGCUAUCGAUAUACUCAUGCGUGUGGGGGAUCUCGAAAAAGCUGAACGAUGUCUCCGAAUGUUCCUAUCUGGACCUUAUAAAAGAUCGGCAGCGCAAAAGUUGGACAAACAAGGAAAUACACUAUUGCAUCAGAUUGAAAAGAAGACGCUCAUAUCUGUGCUACAGCUUCUGGUCAAAGCCGGGGUGCCAGUGGACAGUAAGAAUCGGGAUGGAUAUACUCCCUUGGCCGUCGCCGUCCAAAGGGGUAACGAAGCAGCGGCCAAGUACCUCAUCGAGUGCGGAGCCUCUCGUACGAGUAGCAUUUUGCACCUAGCUUGUGCACAAGGUUCCUUGAAUUUUGUCAAACUGCUUAUACAGGAGGGUGCUGAUCCCGAGGUAAUAGAGCCGGGAAAUGGCAGGUCGCUUCUCUACACGGCACUCCAUAUAGAUGACGAGACGGCAUGCAGCCAGAUGGUGCGUUAUCUCGUUGAUGAGGUCAAGGUUCCGCUUGACCAACCAGGUGGACAAUUCAAAUAUCCUAUCAUCCGAGCCGCUCAUAGGGCACGUGGACCCGACAGUGCUGGAUUCAAGGCGCUCAAAUUGCUCAUCCGGCGUAAGGCGAGACUUGAUGUAGCCGACGAUCAGGGGCGUCGUGCAGUGCACAUUGCAGCAGCGUCUUUAUGGAAAGACGGCCUCUCUGCUCUUGUUGGAGCAGGUGCGGAUAUCGAUGUACGAGAUAAGCUUGGUCGCUUGCCAAUUCAUUUUGCGGCUUCAGUAAGAUUUGAGGACACCCUCGAAUAUUUGCUAGGCCGGUUCGAAGAUAUCGACGUGAACGCGACAGACGAUGACAAUUGGACCCCGCUGCUAUGGGCAAGUCGGACGGGCGCCCUUUACGGUAUGGUCCCGUUGUGUGAAAGAGGUGCUGACGUAUGGAUCCGAGGUCGAAGGCGAGUUGAAGACUCCAAGCCAGAGGACACGUGGUCGGCGUUAAAGCUGGCUCGUUUCUCUGAUAGGAGUUCUUUGUGGUAUGAGCAACUCACGCCCAAGGAAAGUACAAGAGUCAACUCAGAUGGUGGUACCGAGGAAUGGAACGACUCCCUCCACGAAAGCUUGCCGGGGGAUCAGAAGGAGAUUAAUUGUGAGAGUUGCUUGACGCAAAUACUGGGGAUUCGCUGGGAAUGUCAACAAUGCGCUGGUCAAAUUUCCUUUUGCUUCAAAUGCUUCGGCCAUCGUGAUGACAUCCACGAUUCAGGUCAUUCUUUUGAAGAGAUAGGGCCUCUCUAUAAACUGACAAUAUUGGCGCAGCGCAGAGAAUCUGUGGUAGAUCCUGGCGACGUGGAAACCGACUUGACUUUGGCAGAUGGUUCAAGAUUGCGCGAGGAGAUGGAAGCUGUAGUGGACGAUGACCUUGACGCAGUGGCUCCGGGGAAUGAGGUUUCCAGUGACAUAGACUUGGACUUUCACAGCGAGGAUUCGGACUCAAGUUCCGAGUUUUGAAAGUAGCCUUGUUUAUUUCGAUAGGUAGAGCCAAAGCAAUUGCCAAUAGGGUUUCAGGCUUCAUUUAAUCAGGGCUUAGGGUACAAAUUCGCAUCUGAGAGGUCAGACAUACAUCAACAUGCGUCGUUCCUGGUAUUCUUUUUGAUAGCAAAUGAAAGCAAGAAUGUUUCGCCA